UUUCUCUCUGCAGCUUCUUGACUUUCAGACCAGAUGUGGACGCAGAUCAGGAGACUGUGUGAGCUCAGAGUGGAUGCAGCGCAGACUCGGUGCUGUAGAUAAAGUCAGAGCGGCGUGGAGAGCGGAGAAGUGGAGGAUUUCAGAUGUGAGGUGCUCUGAGCGGCGGACAGUUGAACAACAUGCCGAGGUCCUUCCUGGUGAAGAGUAAACGGGCCCACAGCUACCACCAGCCCCGGUACCUGGACGAUGACUACAGCAGGCUGGACACUAUCCUGGCUCACGUGUGCGCAGAAAAUAAAUCUCAAGGAGAGUUCGAGUCCAACUUGGAGCCGCAGGAAGACGUGAGUCCCGGCUCUGACAGACUGUCCCCCGGGUCCAGGCUGCGGUCUCCGGGGUCUCUGUCCUCCAGCUCCCCGCUGAGCUGCGGAGGCAGCGUGUGUGACCGAUCCUCCGACUGUGAUUUCUGGCGUCCCCCGUCUCCCUCCUCCUCACCAGAUUCGGAGAAAAGCUCCACUCCAGCAGCGGAGGACGGCCCUUUCAACAUCCCGCUCUUUCCUUACUCCUGGUCAACAUACUCCGGCUCCGAGCUGAGGCAUCUGGUUCAGGGGCCUUAUCACCACCACCAGCAGGGCCACAGAGAGUCUCACUCUCCCGUCAGCAUCUACGGGGCGGAGGACGGCGGCACCGAGCCGCUUUACGCACAGCGAGGCCUCGGGCCCGGCUGCUACCAGGAUUAUUCUUCAACGGGCCACCAGAUCUGCAGGGUGCGGGACGGAGACGGGCUGUAUCUGGAUGUAAAGCAGCAGCCCCGCGGUGCAGAAAUCAAAUCUGAAAAUGAUUUCAUCCGCUCCAACCUCGAGUCAAGUGGAUCAUAUAAGUGCAUUAAAUGUUGCAAGGUGUUCUCCACACCUCACGGGCUGGAGGUUCAUGUGCGGCGAUCACACAGCGGGACGCGGCCGUUUGAGUGUGGGAUCUGCGGGAAAACCUUCGGACACGCAGUGAGCUUGGAUCAGCACAGAGCGGUGCACUCGCAGGAGAGAAGCUUCAGCUGUAAAAUCUGCGGCAAAAGCUUCAAACGCUCCUCCACGCUCUCCACGCACCUGCUCAUCCACUCGGACACGCGGCCUUAUCCGUGCCAGUACUGCGGGAAGAGAUUCCACCAGAAGUCAGACAUGAAGAAGCACACUUUCAUCCACACAGGUGAGAAGCCGCACAAGUGCCAGGUGUGCGGGAAGGCCUUCAGUCAGAGCUCCAACCUCAUCACACACAGCAGGAAACACACGGGCUUCAAGCCUUUCGGCUGUGACCUCUGCGGGAAAGGCUUCCAGAGGAAAGUGGACCUGAGGAGACACAAGGAGACGCAGCACGGACUGAAAUAAGCACUGGAAUGCUUUGACAUGAAAUCUUGCACUUUGAAUGUACUCUGGCUGUGCAAAUGUUGUAUUUUUUUCCCAACUGUCGAACUAUUCAGUCUGAGAUAUUCUGGCUGUUUAUUUAUCAAUUGUGUUUUUACGCAUUAUUAUUAUUAUUAUUAUUAUUAUUAUGAAAAAGCGAAAUCAUUAAUUUCCAAAGCUGAAUAUUUGAAUCAGCUUUUAAAGUUUAGUCACUUUGUUAUGGAUUAAACAUUAACUUAAGGACCCAA